AUGUAUGUCUUGGUUGUUAAUACUAUAUAUGAAUGUUCUUUUUUAUUUCAAAGUAAAGGACUGGAACCAGAGUACCAGCAGAAAAAGGGCACCUACGCCUUCAUCAGGAAACUUCUCUGCCUACCGUACCUGUCUGCGGAGCACAUCGUCCCCGUGUUCGUAACAUUGGUCGACCUGGCUUCAGAACACGUCAUGCCGCUCAUGGAAUAUGUUCGUCGAACUUGGCUUGAGUCGGAUGUGUGGCCCGUGCACAGUUGGUCUGUGUACGGACGCUCUGUCCGUACAAACAACGACGUCGAAGGGUGGCGCUGACGCCUCAACCACAAGGCCAACGACAGCUGCCCGCCGUUCUAUCUUCUGGCGAAGCUUUUGCACGAUGAGGCCGUCACCGCUGUCAGAAACGCGGAGCUCGUUUCGGAUAUGAAACUCCGCCGAUACCAGCGAGCAAGAUAUGCGACUCUUCAGGGGAAGACUUUCGCCCUGUGGAAGAGCUACAGAGAGGGCAACCUCACCUCCACAGGUCUGCUGAAGGCGUUCUGCUGCCUGUACAAGCCAUCUGUGAGUGUCACAGACGCCGUCGAGUAAUUGAACAAUGUGUUGAUCUGUGUAAACAAGUUUGUGGUCUUUGAAAACAAGUGUUGGUUCUGUUUCUGUUUUAAAUGUGAAACUUGGUUGCUGUACAUAAUCUAUGUCGUUAGUUGUAUUAAGUUUAAUAAAACUUCUUGUGUUUAAUACAUGUAUGUAGUUUUUGUAUAAGAUGGUUUGUUUGUUACCC